AUGUUAGCACUGCUUGUGGACCCUGAGUCGACAAUAAAGCACCAGUAUCAGCUGGCAUUGUAGCUGUCACAUCCGCAGCAAUUCUACAUACAGAUGUAGGGAUCGGACUACUUCAUUGUCUUCUGGUUUAGUUGUGCUAAGCUUUCAUAUAAUGAAAUGCAUGUUAUUGUACAUUUCAUUUUACAUCACAGUGAGGACAUCAUAUGGAGUUGUUUGUGGCUGUUGUAACGUGUGAUGUAGGUUAUAUCAUCCACAAGUUUCAUUUUGAGGUAGUCCAAGGGUCUUGGUCCUAAAAGGGUUAAGAACUUUGGAUUUAGUGGAGACAGUUUUGAAUGUUGGUGCUGGGAGAGAGGAAAUACAGUCUGCAAAAUCUCCUCAGAUUAUUUUGAUGGGUCUCCUCCCCACCCCUCCUAUCCUACUUUUCCUGAACCUGGUCUAGCAGCAGGAGAUCUGGAUGAAGAUUCUUGGGGGAGGGGGUCCAGAACUUGGCUUUCCAGUUAAUGGCUGAUGGAAUUUGCACAAGAACUGGGCAAAGGUGAAAGGGCCCUGUCCUGCCCCAAAUUCCUCAUCCCUUUGCUCCGCUUCAUUGACACCCCCACCCCUCCCCGCCCCCUCCCUAACUUCACCUAAACUCUGACCUCUGACUCUCUACUUAACUCUGGCCCAGGGCUGCUCAGACUAGACAAAAGGCAGGGCAGCAUGAGCAGAUCACACCCCCAUCCCAUCCAACUCCGAUCGGUGGGCUCCCAGGAUGUCCUGGUUCCCCUGCCGCCACCUGCUCCCCAGAAUCACUCCUCCCAUUCCUGGGCCUCUCUGUGUGGGCCUCUGCCCUGGGGCCUCAGCUGUCUUCUGGCUCUGCAGCAUAUCUUGGUCCUGGCAUCUCUACUUUGUGCCUCUCACUUGCUCCUGCUUCGCAGUCUUGCCCCAGGAGGACUCUCUUACUCCCCUUCUCAGCUCCUGGCCUCCAGCUUCUUUUCAUGUGGCGUGUCUACAGUCCUGCAAACUUGGAUGGGCAGCAGGCUACCUCUUGUCCAGGCUCCAUCCUUAGAAUUCCUUAUCCCUGCUCUGGUGCUGAGCAGCCGAAAGCUACCUCUGGCCAUAGAGGCACCUGGAAACUCCUCCCUCUUGCUGCGCCUGUGUAGGGGGCCUGGCUGCCACAGCCUGGAGCUCUGGAACACUUCUCUCCAAGAGGUGUCCGGGGCAGUGGUGGUGUCUGGGCUGCUGCAGGGCACGAUGGGGCUGCUGGGGAGUCCUGGCCGCUUGUUCCGCCACUGUGGGCCCCUGGUGCUGGCCCCCAGCCUGGUUGUGGCAGGGCUUUCUGCCCACAGGGAGGUGGCCCAGUUUUGCUCCACUCACUGGGGCCUGGCCCUGCUGGUUAUCCUGCUCAUGGUGGUCUGUUCUCAGCACCUGGGCUCCUGUCACAUGCCAGCAUUCCCCUGGAGGCCAGCUUCGACCUCUUCAACUCACACUCACCUCCAUGCCUUCCGGCUGCUCUCGGUAUGUGGGGGUCUGGGCACGGGCAGUGGAGGUCAGAAGGGCUGGCAUGGAAUGCUCGCUCCACCCCCUAGCUUUUGGCUUCUGUCUACCCCACUUGAGGCUGUCUCAGGAGGUUCUGGGGGAGGAGUUCUUCCCCAUCUCAGUCUUGCCUCUCAGGUGCUGAUCCCUGUAACCUGUGUGUGGAUCACCUCUGCCCUUCUGGGUGUCAGCGUUGUCCCCCUAGAGCUGUCUGCCCCUCCUAAGGCACCGUGGUUUUGGCUGCCUCACCCAGGCGAGUGGGACUGGCCUUUGCUGACGCCCAGGGCUUUGGCUGCAGGCAUCUCCAUGGCCUUGGCAGCCUCCACCAGCUCCCUGGGCUGCUACGCCCUGUGUGGCCGGCUGCUGCACUUGCCUCCGCCUCCUCCGCAUGCCUGCAGUCGAGGGCUGAGCCUGGAGGGGCUGGGCAGUGUGCUGGCCGGGCUGCUGGGCAGCCCCAUGGGCACUGCAUCCAGCUUUCCCAAUGUGGGCACAGUGAGUCUUAUCCAGGCUGGAUCUCGGCGAGUGGCCCACUUAGCGGGGCUGCUCUGUGUGGGGCUUGGGCUCUCCCCGAGGCUGGCUCAGCUCCUCACCAGCAUCCCGCUGCCUGUGCUCGGUGGGGUGCUGGGGGUGACGCAGGCGGUGGUUCUGUCCACUGGAUUCUCCAGCUUCCACUUGGCUGACAUUGACUCUGGGCGGAAUGUCUUCAUUGUGGGCUUCUCCAUCUUCAUGGCCCUGCUGCUGCCAAGAUGGUUUCGGGAAGCCCCGGUCCUACUCAGCACAGGCUGGAGCCCCUUGGAUGUGUUACUGCACUCACUGCUGACGGAGCCCAUCUUCCUGGCUGGACUCUUAGCCUUCCUCCUAGAGAACACCAUUCCUGGCACACAGCUUGAGCGAGGCCUAGGUCAAGGGCUGCCAUCUCCUUCCGCUGGCCAAGAGGCUCAGAUGCUGCAGAAGUCCAGGGAGAAGGCUGCUCAAGAGUAUGGGCUUCCUUUCCCUACCCAAAACCUGUGUCCCUGCAUCCCCCAGCGUCUCUGUUGCCUCUGCCCACUGCCUGAAGACCCUGAGGAUGAGGAAGGGGGGUCCUCUGAGCCAGGAGAGAUGUCAGACUUGCUACCUGGCUCUGGGGAACCAUGCCCUGCAUCUAGCAGAGAAGGGCUUAGGUCCCAGUAAUUACCAAGACUCCUCCUUCUACGCUGGUUAGUUUAGUCCUAACUCCCAGCUUACUGGAGAGUCAUCUCCCAGGCUCUACUUUCUCAUAGAGGAUGUGUGUGUGUGUGUGUGUGUGUGUGUGUGUGUGUGUGUGUGUAUGAAUAUAUGUCUAACAUGGGCCCACCUAGAGUGCCCAUUUCCCAAUAGGGUGGGUUGCCUUUCCUUCUCUUAAUUAGGUCUAACCGUUCCAGAAAGAGGCCAUGGUUUAGUGGGCUAUGAAUGAAUGAAUGAGAUUUUGCCUGUGAACUACUCACUGCCACUUGAACUCCAGCAUUCACUUAACAAAUACUUAUUGAGCCCCUCCCAUGUGCAAGGUCCUGGAGCUACAGACAUGGAUAAGACAAGUCCCUGCCCUCCAAGGCAUUUACAGUUUUAAAAAAGCCUAUGUAAUUGCUAAUUAAAAUGCAAAGCAGAAGGCAGUCUGUAAUAAAGAUUAAAAUAAUGCUGU